UCUUCAAGCGAGAAAAACCUGACAGAAAUUCAAAACAGUGCACGACAGGAUAUUUUGACAGGAAACAAGAAUAACGGUCAUUGCAAGGAUGUCAAAAGCGCAACAGAACGUGUAUGUUAAUAAUAUCUUCGAUGCAGGGAAAACAGACCCGGACAAUACUUUGGAAUAUGAAGAAUGUUUUGCAUCUGUUGACAAAUCCAUUUAUGAUGAACUAUCUUCGACGCAAGAGAAAGGAACCCCAAGUAAUGAUUCCGUCAAAAUGAACUCAAUGCCCAGUGUUCAGUCUAAACAAUCAGACAAUACAAUUGAUCAAAAGAAACUAGCUCUACUCAGGCCAAUGUUUCUUAUACUUUUUUGCAUCCUGAUUACAGCCUUAGUUACAGCUAUCGCCACUUUUUUUGCAACAAAAAAUAAUCUCUCAGAAAAGAAGACCAUACAUGCAACAGAAUGCAGUAAAACUUGUGACAACGAUACAGAACGCAGAGUUCAACAACAAAUCAGUCAUUCUUGUUCUAGAGAGUUCUGUCCUGGUAAUGGUGUGCAUUUAGGCGUGCGCUUCAGUCGAACAGAAUUAUACUCUUCAUACUAUAUGUCAGAUGAUAAUACAACUUUAAGUAAUGUUAAUACAGAUGAAACGUCUAAGAGUGCCUCGGCCCGAUUAUUGACUUACAGAGGAACGAUUUCUGAUGUAUGUGUAGGCGACGAUGAUUUGAUUUAUUAUGAAAUAAACUAUACAUAUUCAAUACGCACUGACUUGACCAAUUAUUUCGAUAAAGAGGAUAUAUUGGAAGUUGGCAUUGCUGGACGUUCUAAUGUAGAUAAAUAUACAAAUGCUGGCGCUGCAGCAAGUGGAUGGUCUUUCAACAUGUAUUAUACAAGUUUUUAUUUUAAUUGGUUUAGUAGGCAUAAUGUAUACAUAAAUGCUAGACAUAACGGGCGUAGCCAUACAAGUAAAAGCCUUUUAACAGCUUAUAUAGGUGAAGAAUUACACGGCCAACUAAAAAUUUUCAUUAACACACGCAGAAAUGAGUUUACUGUUAUGCACAAUGAUUUGAAAGUUUAUGUUUUUGACGAAGUAAAAUCAAACGAAACCCUUUGUCCGGUGUUUGGAGUGUACAAUCCUCAAUAUGUAAACGUUCAACUAAAGAUACUAAAUUCUUUAAAUUUUUCUAUGUAUCCCUGGUGAUUACGAGUAUAAUCUUUUUAAUUUUGUCAUCAUCAAAUAGUGGCCUUGUCCGCGACGAUAUCGUCAGAUUUUAAAAAUAAAACAAAAACAAACAAAAAAAUAAGGAGACCUUAAUCAAGCUAUCAUUGUAUUGUAAAUGAUUUUCAUAUUUUCAUAUGCAAUGAACUAAAGAAGAAGUAAAACAUGGAGACAAUCUGAGUCCUUAAUUAUUUGAACGUUUCAUAAAUGACCUCCAUUAUUGUCUUAAAUGUUUGCCCGAUCAAGUCGUUGUUAAUAUACGACCAAUCCAUUGUUUAUUAUAUGCUAACGGUAUUGUCAUUUUUUUUCAACCUCAGCAAAAGUACUUAAGAGUAAACUUGAUGGACUAAGUACUGUCACUGAAUUCAAAUUGAAAAAAAAACCAGCCUUCAUGUAUUUGAUCAUACAAUAAGGCCUAUUAUUUUGUAUAGUUUAGAAUUUUGGGAUAUUUUAACCCUUUCAAAAAAAAAAUUAGAAUCUCAGACUACAACUGUAGAUCAGGUUUAUCCUAAGCUUCUUUCAGAAAGACUACAUAUUAAAUGUUGUAAACUUUUACUUGGUGUAAGCAAAAGGGCAACAAAUUUUGUCAUUCUUUCUGAACUAAGGAGAUUCCCACUACAUUUUGACAUGGCAUGGAUCCGUAAACUUCUUUCUAAAUAACAUAAAAGGUUUCUAAAGUUUCGCUUCUUCGAGCAAUUAUAGCUUGGAUUUUUCAUACUAAACAUAUAUGUACGAGUUCUAUAAGGAUUAGUGGAGACUCCAAAUGCACAAUUGUGCUGAUGAUAAGCUCUGUAGCUACAGCACUUUCAAGAAAAAAAUUGUUCUUUCAAAGAUAUCCCCCUUUUUUUUUUACAAUACCCUGAGCGGAGGGGAAAUUCCUCUAGUUUGCAUAUUUUGUCUCAUAGACUUAUAAUUGAGUAAGGUCGUUAUCAGGGUAUUUCUCGACAAAAAUGGUGCACCUCAAAUGAAAUUGAUGAUUAAUUUUUUUUUUAUUUUCAUGCACCUCAGAAACUGUAUGUACUACAAGAUUUACCCACACUGUCCCAAUUUUAAAAACUAGAUUGCUAGCCAGAAACUGAUCUGGUUAAUGAUUCUAAAUAUCUGUUCGUGAUUUGAUUGAUGAAAGCAAAAUAAUUAUGUAGCUUCUGUGCAAUAAUAUCAAUAUGAACCUCUGUAUGUAUUUUAUCAUUACCAGUCAGAACUAUUCCCAUAUAUAUAUAUAUUUGUUUUAUAUUUGGUACGCUUAGGCAUGUCAUUUAGCAUCGUCUCUUGGUGCCUUCUGCAGUCAGGCUAACUUACAAUAUGUAUCAACCCCUCUGCAUCAGGAACGAGGAUAACACCCCAAUUUUGUGCAUUUUCCCAUAACAUUUUAACCAAUUAUUUAUACUAUUACCUAACUACAUGAAUAAAUACCAUGUGGGUCUAUCUCACACCUGGCCAUGCAACACCUUUCCAUGGUUGCUUUUGCUGUUAAGUUACAUAUCCACUGUAUUGCCAGUUUAUUAAAAGCACUUUUUUAUGUUGGUUGUGCCUGAGAAUGAGGUAUUAUACUUUCAAAUCCCUAUAUAUUUAGUGUAUAGAUGUUCAAACUGUGUUUCUUUGUAUAUAUACUUAAUUAUUGUGUUUUGGUUCUCUACAAUAAUGUCUUAUGUUGUAAUAGUAUGCUCUUUGUGAUCCUAUUGGAUGGAAACAAAACAUCUUCUUAUAUAAUGUUAUGAAUGAAAAUUGAAUUAAAGCUCUUUAUCGACUUUUGGGUUUCGUUUCAGAAUAAGAAUCAUGAUUCUAAGACAAAUCCAAUUAUUACUGAAGCUUGCUUUCGUAGAAUUUUUUUUGUUUCUGUACUCAAUUCAGAAUUUUGCUGAAGGAAGCUUACACUUAUGACAUGUAUGAGUUUGGAAAUUUUUCAGAUGUAUUCUCCAAUUUUUAAAGGGUUUUAGUUGUCAUCUUUCAUUGCUCAAUAUAUGCAAUCUUUUUUCAAUGAAAUAUUUUCUCAAUAAAAGUAUUAAUUGUGAUUAAAAAAAUGUUGAGUUUUCCGUUUGUUCAUUUUUUUUUUUUAAACUGUUCGAUUUCCGUGUUUAUCCCCCUAAUAUCAGAAUAAUAGUUGCACAAUAACGCAAGUUUGAUAGGAUAUGGGACUGAUCGAAGCAAUACAUGAGGACCGAUAAAUAUUUACAGUAUACACAAUAAAGGUUGUUAUAGUGAAUCCAAAACACUUUCUAACAGCAAUAUCCUUUUGACAGUUUAUCAUGCAGACAAUUGUGUUUCUUUUAGAUUUUAUUUGUUAUCAAUUGCGUAUUAUUUAUUUCUUUAACAGAUCGAUUGAUAGUACAUUCAAACUCACGAUGAAUAAUCUUAGAAUUACUUACAGUGGCUAGUAUCUAUUUUAAAACUUAAAUCUAGUGUUUGUUUUAUAUUGUUUAUAUUUAUGAUGAUACCUCAUGUAUAUGUAUUCCAUUUAGUCAGUUUAUUUUAAAAUUAGUGAUGUGAUAAGAGUAUUCAUAAAAAAUAUGUAAUUGAAUAAACUACAGACUGACAAACAAUAAUUUGUCAAGGAAAUUUGAUGGUAUUCUGUUAUUUUGAUUUGAAGAUAUAGUUAUGUCGAGACUUUCAAAAUUAUAUUUUGUUUCGCAAUACAAUCUUUCAUCUAUAACUGUGCAUGCUUUUUAAGACAACAUAGAAAAUUUCAUGGUAAUCUGUAAUUUUGAUUUGUAGAUAUAGCAAUGUCGAGACUUUAAAAUAAUAUUUUGUUUCGCAAUACAAUGUUGCAUCUUUGACUGCGCAUGUUUUUUAAGACAACAUAGAAAACAAAAUAAAAACUGAUAAUGUCAUUGUUAAAGAGGUUUCAGACCACCAAUUCACCCACUCUUAUUUAGAACAUAUGUAAAAGUAGCCCUUCCCUGACAAAAAAUAGUGCUUUUGGUGUCAUUAUUUACUGAAACUAACCAACAAAUUUGCAGAAACGAAACUUUUGUGAAAAAAAAAUACAGUCAGACCAUUUUGAGCCAAAUUUACUUGUCCAUGAGUUUACAUUUACAAUUGAGGAGUAAUGCGUUCCAUAUUGAGGAGUAAUGCGUUCCAUAGUAUACUUAUUUAAGAUUUCCAGAAAACCAGGGGUAUUUUUAGUAGUAGUUGCUUCCGAACAGUCAUGCUUCAUAACAAGACUUGAAACAUUUGUUGAAAAUUGGCAUGUAGAAAGGUGAUAAAUGUACAGUUCAGGAUAUACCUGGUUUCUAUGAAGUUAAAAUUAAGGUAAAAUAUUUAGAAAGCUGUGAAAACUGAAACAUUUGGUUGAAAAUAUAGGGAUUUUGAAUAGGUGGUCUGACACCUAGAAUCACAACGUAAUUAUAAGUUGCAAAUGCUUCUUUUGGGGCGCACAAUUUAAGUUGAAGCGCUUUCGUACUUUAUUAAAAAAUGUGCUUUGGUCGUCGCUUUUAAACCCAAAUAAGUUUCAAAAAGAAGCUUUCGUUUCAUAAAAUGAUAACGCUUAAAUAACUAGGUAUUUGUUUCAGAAUUGUUGAUCGUUUUAAUAAGUUGCAACAAUUUUUUGAAUGAAUCUUGAAAGUGUUUUGAUAGCAGAGCUGAUAUAUUGCACGCUUACUUUCUCUUUUACUUCUGUUUCCCAAUGUGUAAAACGGGUUUGAAUUUUUAUAAUUGUUGGGAAAAAAUCUACAUUCGCAAUAUUUAUGUAUUAACAACAUUCAUGUGUAACAAACUAUGUUUUGAAGCUAAUAGUAUAAGUUAAUGUUCCGUAUGUUAUUUAAACAUUAUAUGUGAACAAAAUUUAAAUUUAUAUAUUUUCGAUAGUA